CGGCUGCGGCACUCCAGGCGGAACUUUCCAGAACGCUCGGUGAAAAGGCGGAGGAGCGGCGGCUGCCCGAGCUGCGCACGGCAACGCGCUCCUUCCCGCUCCCCCACACCGGCAUCGGCCCUCUCACCGCCUGUAGGAAAUGGUGAAAGAAACCACUUAUUAUGAUGUUUUGGGGGUCAAACCCAAUGCCACCCAAGAAGAAUUGAAAAAGGCUUACAGGAAACUGGCUUUGAAGUACCACCCUGAUAAGAAUCCAAAUGAAGGAGAGAAGUUUAAACAGAUUUCUCAAGCUUACGAAGUGCUCUCUGAUGCAAAGAAAAGGGAAUUAUAUGACAAAGGAGGAGAGCAGGCAAUUAAAGAAGGUGGAGCAGGUGGCGGUUUUGGCUCCCCCAUGGACAUCUUUGAUAUGUUUUUUGGAGGAGGAGGCAGGAUGCAGAGGGAAAGGAGAGGUAAAAAUGUUGUGCAUCAACUCACAGUAACCUUAGAAGAUUUAUAUAAUGGUGCAACAAGAAAACUAGCUCUGCAAAAGAAUGUGAUUUGUGACAAAUGUGAAGGCCGGGGUGGUAAGAAAGGAGCAGUAGAGUGCUGUCCCAAUUGCCGAGGUACUGGAAUGCAAAUAAGAAUUCAUCAGAUAGGACCUGGAAUGGUUCAGCAAAUUCAGUCUGUCUGCAUGGAGUGCCAGGGCCAUGGGGAGCGGAUCAGUCCUAAAGAUAGAUGUAAAAGCUGCAAUGGAAGAAAGAUAGUUCGAGAGAAGAAAAUUCUAGAAGUUCAUAUUGACAAAGGCAUGAAAGAUGGCCAGAAGAUAACAUUCCAUGGUGAAGGAGACCAAGAACCAGGACUGGAGCCAGGAGAUAUUAUCAUCGUUUUAGAUCAGAAGGACCAUGCUGUUUUUACCCGACGAGGAGAAGACCUUUUCAUGUGUAUGGACAUACAGCUGGUUGAGGCAUUGUGUGGCUUCCAAAAGCCAAUAUCUACUCUUGACAACCGAACCAUAGUCAUCACUUCUCAUCCAGGUCAGAUUGUCAAGCAUGGAGAUAUCAAGUGUGUGCUAAAUGAAGGCAUGCCAAUUUAUCGUAGACCAUAUGAAAAGGGUCGCCUAAUCAUUGAAUUUAAGGUAAAUUUUCCUGAGAAUGGCUUUCUCUCCCCGGAUAAACUCUCUUUGCUGGAAAAACUCCUACCUGAGAGGAAGGAAGUAGAAGAGACUGAUGAAAUGGACCAGGUAGAACUAGUGGACUUUGAUCCAAAUCAGGAAAGACGGCGCCAUUACAAUGGAGAAGCAUAUGAGGAUGAUGAGCAUCAUCCUCGGGGUGGUGUUCAGUGUCAGACCUCCUAAUGGGGCCAGUGAAUAACACUCACUGCUGGCAUUUUAUUUGCAGUAGUGAUUGAGCGAAGGACUAUAAUCAUAAUAUGCUCACUACUUGCUAUUGUUUGUUUUAAUAUUCAACUAUAGUAGUGUUUUAAAAGUUAAAUGAAGAAUAAACUCGAAUAUAAAAGCUCUGA